UAGGCCUUCUUUGAUUGGUAAGGUUUAGCGAUUUUGGAGGAUAUCAUGAAUAGAACGAAGGUACAACGCUCCUCUUCUGCUUAAAGGUAAGCGUUCAGAAUAUGAACUUUGAAUAAAUCUGUGCUGCCCAGAUUCAAGGGAAGCUAUGUGCAAGCUAUGGAAACAAGUUAAAAACAAUAUUAGUUUCAGACAUCAGCUUUCAGGACAAGAUGAUCCAAAUUGUACUCCAGAACAUGUUGCAGAAGACAGCAAUUCUCAUUUCAAGCGUACAACCCUGUCAAAAAGACAAGUGAUUUACAUUCUUCUAGCACCUAUUUUUGGUGCUACAACUAUUGUGACAGCCAAUCUCUCAUACCGCGGUGGAUUUAUAUCAAAGACAUUAUCGGAUUGUUGUAUUGUUGGUGGCGUUGCCCUCAUUAUACUCGGUCCUUUGCUUACAAUCAUCUAUAUCAUCUACAAAAGAAACAAAUUUUUGAGAAGAUCUCUGGACAUCGAGAAAGUUAGAUUAUUUUCAACUAUCAUCGAGCAGGAUAGACUAAAAAACAACAACAACGAGAAUGUGGAAAGAGAUCCAGACGCUACAACUUUACCCGACUAUAAACCGGAUUCACACUGCGGACUACUUGUGGAUAAACCAACAUCUUUACUGAGAGAAAACGAAGCCACCCAGGAACACAAAACAUCCGUUAACACUGACUAAAAUCUAAGGACUAAUUUCAGGGAUGGGCAAGCUACUUUUAAUUUGUAGCCGGCUAGGCUACAGCUACUUUUUUCCAAAAUGUAGCCGGCUACACUACAGCUACAAUUUUGCAAAAAGUAGCCAGCUACUUUGGGCUACUU